CACGCGCAGCGGAACUUUAACGAUGCUGGUUGUGAUCCGGCUGAUCUUCAUCCUCCGGAUCAGCAUCAUCUUCAUCAGCGGGGAGAAAGUCUUCCACAGCAGAGAUCAUUCAGAUGGGAUGAACGACAUCCAUCAGGCUCAACUCAUCACCGACACCGACACUGCGCAGCGGUUUCUGUCUAAGUACGGCUUCAUAAAGGCUGCAGACGGUGAUGAGUCUCAAAUCCUGGAAGAAGCUGUAGGUGAGAAGGACGUCAGUCUCUCUCUGGAUCUUCAGGAAGGAGGAACCACGUCUAGAUCCAGCAGUCCUGAUCUCCGGUUCGUCUCGGCCCUGAAGGAGUUCCAGCGGGUGUCCGGUCUGCCCGUCACAGGUGUGUUUGAUGACGCCACCAAGGCAGCCAUGAAUAAACCCAGAUGUGGAGUCCCGGAUCAGGAUGAGAAGCUAGAAUCUACUGAACAAGAGCUGAACGACACAGCCGAGUCCAACAGCACCACGACACACAAUCACACUGAUGCUGCUGUGAACGCCACUGAUGCAGCCAACAAUACUGAGCCUCACGUGCCGAAACAACGCCACCUGGCGGCGCUUCUGAGGAACAGGAGGAAGAGGGACGCGAGCGAGUGGACGGGACACAUGGCCUUCUCCAAGAGCCUCCUGAAGUGGCGUCUGAUCGGAGAAGGAUACAGCAGUCAGCUGUCCAUCGACGAGCAGAAGUACAUCUUCAGACUGGCCUUCCGCAUGUGGAGCGAAGUCUCUCCGCUGCAGUUCGUGGAGGACGUUCACUCGCCUCUGGAGGACAUCGACAUCAGACUGGGCUUUGGGACAGGUCGUCAUCUGGGCUGCUCUCAGCGGUUUGACGGCGCGGGACGAGAGUUCGCUCACGCCUGGUUCCUCGGAGACAUUCAUUUUGAUGAUGAUGAACAUUUCACCGUCCCAAACACGGGCAGCGGGAUCAGUCUUCUAAAGGUAGCGGUUCAUGAGAUCGGUCAUGUUUUAGGGCUUCCUCACAUCUACCGUCCCGGGUCCAUCAUGCAGCCCAGCUACCUUCCUCAGGACGCUGGCUUUGAGAUCGACUGGAUGGACAGAAAAUCCAUUCAGAGCCUGUACGGUGUGUGUACGGGUCGCUUCAGCACCGUGUUUGACUGGAUCAGGAAGGAGCAGACGCCGUACGGUGAGGUCGUUGUGCGCUUCAACACCUACUUCAUGCGGGACGGCUGGUACUGGCUCUAUGAGAACCGUAAUAACCGGACACGCUACGGGGAUCCGGUGGCGGUGCAGGUGGGCUGGCACGGGCUUCCGUCCAGCGGCGUGGACGCUUACGUUCACGUGUGGAACCGCAAAACAGACGCUGUCUACUUUUUUAAAGGUGUGCAGUACUGGCGUUAUGACAGUGAGAAUGAUCAGGUGUUCACUGAAGACUCAGACGGCCGCUCGUAUCCUCGUCUGAUCUCCGAAGGUUUUCCCGGCGUGUCUGGACCAGUGGACACCGCAUACUACGACCGGAGAGAUGCUCACAUCUACUUCUUCAAAGGCUCACAGGUGUUCAGGUUUGAUGUGCGCGUGAACCGCUUGGCUGCUUCUUCCCCACAAAAAAUCACAGAGGUGUUUCCCGCCGUUGUUCCUGGAAACCAUCCCGUGGGUAACCUGGACGCGGCUUAUUUCUCAUACACUCACAACACGGUGUUCCUGAUGAAGGGCUCGUGGUUCUGGCGGAUGGUGAGCGGCAGAGAUCGCAGACGGAGCGGCUCUCUGCCGCCGAACGGCCUGAUGCCCCGCAGAGACGUGGAGCAGCAGUGGUUCGACAUCUGCGACGUUCACAGCAGCUCUCUGAGAACCACACGCAGACGAUGAACCACACAAACCUCAGAUCUGAUCUCAGAUCAGCCACAAAAUGAAUGAGGAAGACUGCAGCACUUUGCUGUUUUUAUAUGAGCAGGAACUGCUCAUCUGAAUCAGGGAUUUUAUACUUUGUUUGUCAGCUGACUUUAAAUAUAUAAUUGAAGAGUCCUGAGAUUUAACUUAAAGGAACAGUUCACCAACGGAUCCUCUGCAGUGAAUGGGUGCCGUCAGAAUGAGAGUCCAAACAGCUGAUAAAAACAUCACAAUAAUCCACAAGUAAUCCACACCACUCCAGUCCAUCAGUUCACAUCUUGAGAAGACAAAAGCUCAAACAAAUCCAUCAUUAAGACGUUUUUAAUUAAAAUCCAAGUCCAUAAACCAUAAUAAUACUUCCUCCAGUGAAAAAGUGGUCCGGUCUGAAUCAGGAGAGAAAUCUGCACAGCACCGUUUACAAGCCAAAACAGCCAAAACCAAUAUGUAUAAAACAGGAGAUGCACUUUUGCAGUGGAGGAAGUGUUAUUAUGGAUUUUGGACUUCUUGGAGUUCAAUACAUCUUAAUGAUGGAUUCUUUUUUUUUUUACUCGUCUUCUCAAGAUGUUAAUUGAUGGACUGGAGAAAAUCACUGAAAUAAUUUAAAUUGUCAGUCAUUUAUAUUUCUUUUGUAGUUAGAUAUUUCUAUAAGUCAGUAUGUAUGUGAUGCAAUGCUGUGCAACACAAGAUUUGACAAAAACAUUUUUACUUAUACUGUUUGC